CGUCUUCGGAUUCAUCACUCGUCAUUGCCAACUUCUUUCUCUCCCCUCUCUCCCCCUCUGUUUCUUGCGGGGUAUCUCGCAGCACAUCCGUCCUUCGAUCUCGCAACCGUUCGUGGGCCGGGCAACCGCCGAACCGCCGAACCGCCAACAUGACGGUCCCUACAUACCUCCGGGGCCGCAUCUCCUCGCCCCUCGAAGCCGGUCCCUCCAUCGUCGACGACCACCAUCUGCCCAGCCAAGUCAACCAGGCGCUUGAAUAUGCCUCGAAGCGGCUAGGAAGGAAAGCAUCACAUAUCACCCUCCUCGUCGUCCGCCGGGACUACCAGCUCCCUACCUCGCCUACUCCUUCUCUAAUAUACACUCCGCCGGGUUCGCUCCCCGUGUCGACUACCGCCGCCAGCACCCCGUCCAAGCCGUCCUUCCCGGCCUCCUCGAGGAUCGAGGCGCUCAAGCAGCUCGUCCGCUCACACAGCUCGGUGGAGGGGCAAAUACGAGAGAGGACAGUCCACGUUCGCCUGGACAGGUUUCGCAACGGUACCGCCUCGCCCGCCUUCAGCGAGGCCUCGGCCUUCUCGGCCUCCACAGUUUCCUCCUCCACCGACUCGACAUUCAGCCACAGGAUACGACAGCCAGGAAGCCCGACGCCAUACGGAAGCGUCCCCGUGACACCGGCCACUCCGUUUACCGUCAUGUCGUCGCUGUCGGGUACGGACGGGACCAGUCCCCUCUCGCGGGCGGGGACACAGACCUCGACCCAAUUCGGCCUCCGACUCGCCUACGCCCACCCUUUGAGCCCACGUGAAGAGAAAGCUCUCGCGGGGGCACUCGAGAAGGCGGCCAAGAAGUUCAAGCUAGCUCCUAAUUGGCUCCCACAAGCGGUCCCUCCUUCGACGCUUGGCCUGCCAGCGGACCUAGUCCUGAACUCGACCGCUCAGAACGAGACCCUUUUCGAGUCUGACCAGCUCACGCUCCUGUCGCUCGACCACCUGUACACCUUCCGGACCGCCCUGCAAGCAUACGCCCGCACCAGGCUCGCGUGCCGCCUCGAAGACGCCGUCGACGAACUGCGCCGCCUGUUCCUCGCCAACGGCCGCCGCGCGCUCCGCAAGAGCGCCCUGCUGGCCGCCUACCGUUGGCUCGACCCCCUCGACGACGCCGCUCUGGCCGAUGUCUGCCGCAUGUACGAGCGGGCAUACGGGGGCGUCGAGAGGGAGAGCGGAGUCGAGAACGACGACGUCGACCCGGCGCCGGGUUGGCCGCUGCCCGAGAUCACGAGGGGACCCGGGGCUAUCGAGCAGCGGACGGCAGCGCGAGGACCGGACAGAGUCACCAGUCCUCCACGACGGCGAGAGCCAGAGCCAGAGCCAGAGCCAGAGACGAGAACCCGGACUCUUGAUCUGGCCGAGGCCCUGGACAAGGAAGUCCUCCUCUCCACCGCCGACCUCCACCCGGAUGACGAGUCCGAGCUGGACGAGGUCGAAGCCUGGUACCGCGAGAUCCAACUGCAACAGCAGAACGCCGACAGGCCCCCCACGGUCGAGAUCCACCCCUUACGCUCCAACCCGCCCAGGACGACCACGACCCCGGCGGUAGUCGAGGUCCGCCCGCCCCCUCCCUCAACGCCGCCCCCGCCGCCACCGACAUCAGCAACCUACCGGGACCGGCCCUGGCACGAGCCAGAGGAACCCAGCCUUUCGGAGAUGCUCCGCACCACGCCCAAGCUCCGCCCGGCGCCGCCGGGCCGCUCCCUCGCGCUGAAGUUGCAGACGACGUUUGACAAACCGGCCAAGGGAGGCGGCGGCGUGGUGGGGGGCAAGAGGCAGCAGCAGCCCCAUGCCGAGAAGGGCGGCGGGGAACAAGGGCAAGUAGCCGGAGAAGGAGGACAACAGCAAAGAAGAGAAGAGGAAGAGGAAGAGGAGGAACUGACGGCGCGCCCGCGCAGCGCCAUCAAGUCGUUUGCCAGCGCGCGGUGGACGACGAUGACGACGACGACGACGACGACGGACGCCAACAACUGCGCCAACGGCGGCAUGUCCAUCGACGAGAUGCUGCACGGCGCGGUAGGGGGGUACUGCGGGACGGGGGAGCGCCCGCCGUCCUCGUCCUCGUCGUCGUCGUCGUCGUUGUCGCCCGUGGAGAGGAUCGGGCCGAUGACGCCCAACGGGUACGACGACAUCUCGCCCAUCACGCGGGGCGAAUGGGGUUUCCUGAUGUUUGGGAAGGGCAAGACGGCGCGGGUGGAGACGUGCUAGCUAGCUUUUGUUCCCUUUUUGGACCGGGUUACCUUUGUGUCAGACUGAGGCAAGAAGAGAAAGGUGGGAAGGGGAUGGGGUGGGGGGGAGAAGG